AUGUAAAAGCUGAUUUUAUCAAUUAACAAAAAAUUGUUAAAAAUAUUUGAUUUUGGUAUGGCUGAAGUAACAGUUGUAAAAUAUCAUGUAAUUAAAUAUCUUACCGAGCUCCUGAAUUUAUUAUUUGUUAUUCUUAUAAUACAAAUAUUGAUGUAUGGGGUUUUGUUUAUACACAAUAAUUAUUAUUCUCGAUCAAUAAUAAUAAUGACAUAUUAAAAUUGUAUUUGUAAACCAUAAGAAAAUUCUUAUUAAAAUAUUAAGAAGAUCAAUAAUUAUAUAAUAUCUGAAUUUAAGAGUAGAGAAAUAGAUCCUUUCACAAAAUUUAUUAUUUUGAAGCCAGUUUUAUAAUGA